AUGUAUGAAAUUUCCCGUGAACAGUCGCGAAAUUUCGCGCAUCCGGGAAAUAUUAAAAUGCCUCCUGAAGUUCCCCGCGAGCAGCAGCAAGUUUUUCACGCGCGCCCGGGUGUAACACAAAUACUAACUCUGCCCAAGAGUCAAUAUAAGAAUAAAACCGAUGAACGAAUGCGUGAUUCCCCCACAUACCCGGUUGAAUUCAAUAAAUUUCCUCUGCCCCCUCGUCUGUCAGAAAAUGUGUAUCAAGACCAAGUGAUUCCCCCUCGAGCUCCAGGAGGUCCAACGCAGCAGCAGCUAGCAGCACGGCAGUCCCUGGCUAAGGAACUUCCCCGAUUCUCUGGAGACCCAGCGGAUUGGCCGAUCUUUAUUUCAAGCUAUCGAUACACAACAGAAGCCUGCGGCUUUUCGGAUGGUGAGAACAUGCUUCGCCUGCAACGAUGUUUGUCUGGUUCUGCGCUUGAAACAGUACGUAGUCGGCUGGUGUUACCAGCAGCGGUGCCCCAAGUGAUCGAGACACUUCGUAUGCGAUUUGGACGUCCUGAGUUGCUGAUCAACGCUCUGCUACGCAAGGUGCGAGACAUCCCAGCACCACGGUCCGACAGAUUGGAAGGUCUCAUCGAUUUCGGGAUGGCGGUGCAAGCGUUAUGCGACCACAUCGAAGCGGCGAACGAACGCGCUCAUUUAUCGAAUCCUUCACUACUACAGGAACUCGUUGCGAAGCUUCCCGCAGAUCAAAGGAUGAUGUGGGCAGGAUAUAAGCGUAGUUUUCAAGUCGUCGAUUUAAAAACCUUCGGCGAUUACAUGACGUCGGUGGUGCAGGACGCGUCGAGCGUAGUAACCUUCGAACCUGAGUCCAGAAGGAACAACCCACGCGAUCGUCCGAAGAACAAAGCGUUCGUGAACACUCACGCGAUGGAAGGAGCAGUCAGUUCUGUACGGUCAAUAAAUGUGCCAACCGGCGCAGCGAAACAGUUUGACUGCGCACACUGCAGCAAAACUGGUCAUCGAGUGCGCGAGUGUAUUGCAUUUAAAGCGUUGCACGUCGACGACCGCUGGAGAAGAGUCCGAGCUUUAGGUCUUUGUCAGAAUUGUCUAUUCAGCCAUGGACGCAGGGCGUGUCGGAUUCGUAGUAGUUGUGACAUCGAGGGUUGUCAGUUCCGCCAUCAUGCACUGCUUCACUCUCUACGUGGGCCUCCAAAGGCUCCAGCAUCGAAUGCAUUAGUGGCGGAGAAUCACACCCACCGUCUUCUGACUUCGUCGACGCUGUUUCGGAUAAUUCCCGUGAUCCUACAUGGAAGCGACGUCUCGAUUGAUACCUUUGCAUUAUUGGACGAGGGAUCAGAUCUGACACUAAUGGAACAUGAUCUGGCUGUAUCGUUGGGUCUGAAAGGUAGCCCUCAGCCUUUGUGUCUACGCUGGACGGGAAACACUUCCCGCAUGGAAAAGGAAUCGCAACGCAUCACUUUCGAGAUCGCAGGUGAAGGACAGCACAAACGGCACAAUAUAGUGAACGCAAGAACGGUUCAAUGUCUCAAUCUGCCGAGUCAGAGUUUCCAGGUGGAAGAAGCAGCGACAAAACACGCGCACCUUAGGGGGAUUCCGGUUAGCAGCUACCAUAACGCAAAGCCUAAGAUCCUCAUAGGAAUCGACAACCUACGACUUGCGCUACCACUUAAAGUAAGAGAGGGCGAUGGUACCGGUCCGAUAGCUGCGAGAACCAGAUUGGGCUGGUGUGUCUACGGCCAGCGAGAAAGCGGUGACACCGAAGCUUAUAAUUUCCACGUAAGCAGAUGCGAUUGCGACGAAGAACUUCACGAUACGGUGAAGCAGUUUUUUGCCAUCGAAGAAGCAGGCGUGCACCCGUCAAACAUUCCAAUGUCUAAGGAAGAACAACGAGCGCUAACCAUCCUGGAAACUACAACCCGACGAGUAGAGAACCGUUUCGAAACGGGUUUGUUGUGGAAAGAAGACAAUGUAGAAUUCCCGAACAGCUACACGAUGGCGGUACGUCGUCUAGAAUGUCUCGAACGCAGAAUGGAUCGCGAUCCGCUGCUAAAAGAGAACCUCCAUCGACAGAUGUGCGAAUACGAGGCAAAAGGUUACGCGCACAGGGCUACGAAAGCGGAGAUAGAUGCAGCGGACCCAAGAAGGGUAUGGUACCUCCCGAUGGGAGCGGUAAUAAACCCUAAGAAACCAGGAAAGAUCCGAGUUAUUUGGGAUGCAGCCGCCAAAGUCGAUGGAAUCUCACUUAACAGCGCUCUUCUCAAAGGUCCGGAUCAACUCUCGUCACUUCCAGCCGUGCUAUUCCGCUUUCGACAGUAUGGGGUGGCGGUCAGCUCGGAUAUUCAGGAAAUGUUCCACCAAAUUCGUAUCCGAGAGGAAGAUAAGAAUUCCCAGCGCUUCUUGUGGCGCGCUUGUCCAUCGGAGAAACCUACGAUCUACUUGAUGGAUGUCGCUACCUUCGGGAGCACCUGUUCACCAGCUUCGGCACAAUUCGUCAAAAAUCGGAACGCAGUACAGCACGCUGAACUGUUUCCUGAGGCAUCGAAAGCGAUCGUCCACGAUCACUACGUUGACGAUUACCUGUCGAGUUUCGGAUCCGUAGAAGAGGCGACAAAGGUAGCAAACGACGUGCGAUACAUUCACGGACAAGGAGGCUUCAAAUUGCACAACUGGCGAUCAAAUAGCGGCACGGUCCUCGAGCAACUGGGCGAAGUACCAGAUGGAACUGAGAAGCAACUGAACCUGAUCGACGGGUCGACAACCGAGAGAGUGCUCGGUAUGCUUUGGAGCCCAUCAUCCGAUGAACUGAGUUUCUCUACUCAAAUGAGCGACGAGGUACAAACACUGAUUCGCAUGGCAACCCGACCGACGAAGAGGCAGAUUCUACGUUGCGUCAUGACGUUGUUUGAUCCACUGGGGUUACUCUCGCCGUUUAUCAUCCACGGAAAGGUCUUGAUCCAGGACCUGUGGCGCGAAGGCACGGAUUGGGACGAACAAGUAGGCGAUUUAGUCUAUGCGAAGUGGCAGAGGUGGAUCGAGAUGAUCAACCAUAUCGCAAAGAUCCGAAUUCCCAGAUGUUACUUCCCCAACGCCACGAGAAGGACCUACCUCAGGGCUGAAAUGCAUGUGUUUGUCGACGCAAGCGAAGUAGCUUAUUCGUGCGCUAUCUACUUACGCACCUUCAACGAACACGGUAAACCACAGUGCAGCUUAGUAGCGGCAAAAUCAAAGGUCGCCCCCCUGAAACCGUGGUCUAUUCCCAGGCUGGAGCUGCAGGCGUGUGUACUGGGCGUACGGUGGUCAAAAUUUGUCAAGGAAAACCUCGACGUCCCAGUUUCCAAGACGGUUUUCUGGACCGAUUCCAGAACGGCGCUAUCCUGGAUUAAUGCCGACCCUCGAAACUAUCGCCAGUUCGUGUCCUGUAGAGUAGGUGAGAUACUUGAGCAUACUUCGGUAAGCGACUGGAGAUGGGUGCCUUCCAAAUCCAAUCCAGCGGACGAAGCAACGAAAUGGGGUAGUGGACCGUACUUCAACCACGAUAGCAAGUGGUUCCAAGGACCGCAUUUCCUGAAUCUCCUGGAAGCAGAUUGGACCUGUCGCAAAGAACCGGUGAUGGUUACCGUGGAAGAAAUGCGUGUAUCGACACAACAUCACAGUUCGUCUGAACCAACGAUCGAUUUCGACCGAUUCUCUUCCUGGGACAGGUUGCAACGUGCGACCGCAUACGUUCUCCGUUUUCUGCACAAUGUAUCGAAGAAACAGCCACGAUAUAGUGGACAGCUGCAACAGUCGGAGCUGAAGGCUGCUGAAGAAGUCAUCUUCAAGUUGGUGCAACGUGAACAAUACCCGGACGAAGUUGCAGCGCUGUCAAACAAAGCGCCCAAUGAGACCGGUCAAGAAGUCAUCGGGAAAAACAGUUGCAUCUACCAAAUGAUGCCGAAGCUGGACGAGAAGGGUUUGCUACGUGAACAGGGUCGAAUCGCGGCAGUUAAGAACGUCGCCUACAACGUGCGCCAUCCCGUGAUUCUACCGAGAAGGCAUCGCGUCACGGAACUUCUGGUGCAUCGAUUCCACCGCAACUUUCGCCAUGGCAAUGCUGAAACGGUCGUUAACGAAGUUCGACAAUUGUACGCUAUCCCGAGGCUUCGAUUGGUGGUCAAGAAAGUGGGCAGAGAAUGCCCGUCCUGCAAAAUACGGCGAACCAGACCAAUGAUCCCUCCAAUGGCUCCACUGCCAUCUGCCCGCUUAGCCCAUCACGAGCGAGCUUUCACCUACACAGGGGUGGAUUAUUUCGGACCACUGCUGGUGAAGUUGGGGCGAUCCAAUGUAAAGCGAUGGGUCGCACUGUUCACCUGCCUAACGAUUCGUGCCGUACACCUAGAAAUCGCCUACACACUAUCAACGGAGUCCUGUAUAUCGUGCGUCCGCCGAUUCGUUGGACGGCGCGGGCCACCUGCCGAGUUUUUCAGCGACAACGGAACGAAUUUCCAAGGAGCCGAUCGAGUACUGCAGCACCAGAUAAGCCAGGGACUGUCCGCAACGUUUACCAGUGCAAACACGAAAUGGAACUUCAUACCACCAGGAGCGCCACACAUGGGCGGAGCGUGGGAACGCCUAGUACAGUCCGUUAAAGCUGCAAUGAAAGAAGCGUAUUCCGAGGGGAAGCUUGACGACGAGGGGUUGCAGACGUUGGUCGUGGAGGCUGAAAGUGUCGUAAACUCAAGGCCUCUGACGUAUCUGCCAUUGGAGAGCGAGGAGACCGAGGCCCUCACCCCGAACCACUUCCUGUUGUUAAGUUCGAAUGGGAUGAAGCAAAUGAACGACGAAGAUGAAGGACCGAGACAGUUCAGCGAAUCAGUUCGGUGUCGAAUCCUGGGGGAUUCCUGGGAGCAGAUCCAGCAUCAGCUAAAUGUAUUCUGGGGGCGCUGGUUGGUGGAAUAUCUGCCGGUGAUCCGCCGGCAACCGAAAUGGUUCAGCGAGACACCAUCAUUGAAACCAGGCGACCUGGUAAUGGUCGCGGAGCCGACGAGACGGAGUGGCUGGGAGCGAGGGCGAAUAGUUUGCCUGAAGCAGCAUGCGGACGGCAGACAUCGACGAGCGGUCGUGAAGAUAGGCGACAAGAUCUGUGUUCGACCAGUGUCGCGGUUGGCUUUGCUCGACGUGAGGAAGAGUGGAGCUCCGGCGGACUCCGGACUACACCAGGGGGAGACUGUCAACGCAGAAACCGUCGAGCUGGCAACACUGCCUAGCAAAUGCAACGCGUCCGCUUCAAAAGCAACACAACAGUAAAGCGCCGCGUCAGUGGGUGACAGACGUCAUUUGAUGACAGUGGAGAUACGUCACCGAACUGUCAACGGCAAGACCGCGUGUUCUCGUAAUCGGUCUAUUCCACAUUAGCCGUGAACGAGAACAGGACUGAACUGGCAAAGUGCUGAAAAUUAAACAAAUUGAAAAUUUAAGUAUUAAAGUGAAGAAAAGUAAAGAUAGUAAAGAGUGAAAGCGAGGUUAGGAGUAAAGUAUAGAAUUAGAUAGAAGUGAGUUAACUGUGCUAGAAGGAAAGUAAGUUAGCAGCUAAGAAAGAAGAAAUAUUUUUAAUUAUUGAAAUCUAAUUUAACCCCUUUAGCUCGCGGACGAAGCUAACCGCUAUCUAGGGCGGAGAAAAGGAAUAGCCCACCAAAUUUUGAAGCUAAUUAAAAUCAUUACGCUGUCAAAACGGCCUUUUUCCUUCGCCCUACAACCUCGA